AUGGCUACCCCGAGUGUCCUUACCUUUGAUACUGAGCGUCGUGCUGUUGACUUCGAGGUCUGGGUCGAUGACCUGCAGCUUUUCCUACAGUGCGAUAGGGCAGACGGACUCUCCCUGUUUGAUCUCACCUCUGGUGCCUCUCUUGCCCCGCCGGCUCAUGCUGACAGCACUUUUCGCUCACAGUGGGCCACGCGCGAGGCUGCUGCCCGUCUUGCUGUGCUUGCGCGCUACUCUUCCCCUGCCACUGCUGCCCUUAGCCACCUCAUGCUGCCGUACCUGUUUCCUGACCUCGCCACCUUUCCCACUAUCGCUGACCUCGUUACGCACCUUCGCACUAGUGACACCCGCUACCGCGCUGCGCUUCCUGCUGAGUUCUGCGCCAAGAACCCCCCCCCUAUGUACAUCACCCUCUACUACAUAGUCACCCGGCUCCCUGACUCCCUUCGCUUAGUCAGGGACCACUUCCUCUCAGUUUGCCCCACCACACUCACCGUUGACCUCCUCGAGGAGCGCCUCCUAGAAGCAGAGAAGAGCAUAGUCGCUGUAGGAGCCUCUCGUGGUGACCCUCGCACCCCCGUCUUUGAGGGGUGUUCCCCUUCCCCCCUCUUGCCCUCUGUUGCUUCUGCUGCUGCGGCCGACCUCGUUGUGGAGGGGGUGGGGGUGGUGGUGGGAGUGGUGGCGGGGGUGGAGGUGUCGGUGGCAGCAGUGGAGGCGGAGGAGGCGGCGGCGGUGGCGGAGGGAGCGGAGGCGGCGGAGGUGGCGGAGGCGGCGGAGGUGGCGGAGGCGACGGAGGUGGCGGAGGAGGCGGCGGCAGCGGUGGAGCUGGUCGCGGCUCUGCGCAGAGGAGUGGGUCCGGUGGCGCGCGGUGGGGGUACUGGUCCCUGCACCUACGUCCUCCGUAUCGGCGACCGCGCUGGUGAGCAGUGCGGGGGCCCGCACUCCACCCAGCGCUGCUUCGGCCGCCUGACGUACGCGUGGCGUCACCAGUUCCCUGACGCCUCUGAGAUCCCUUGCUGGGGAGAGCUGUCUAGGGCGGGGGUUGCUAUCUUUGAUCUUGAUUAUGAUGCUAUUCUUGCUGCCAUGUCAGCUGUGUCUAAUAGUGUUGAGGGUGACUGUUACCUGUGUGUUCCGCCUGACCCGAGCAUUGAGGCUGCUGCUCUAGGUGUUGGUGAGGCUGCUGCUCUAGGUGCUAGUGCGUCUGCUGCCCCAGGUGCUGGUGAGUCUGCUCUCUCAGGUACUACGUCGGCUCAGGCCUUACACACCUUCACCCUUGACUCGGGUGCUUCCCGCUCCUUCUUUCGAGACCGCACCACGCUUACGCCGCUUAGUCGGCCGGUUGCAGUCUCCCUGGCGGACCCCUCUGGGGAUCCUAUCCUUGCUAGCUUCUCCACUGUCUUACCGUGCCCGGCAGCCCCCUCUGGCACCCUGUCAGGUCUCUACCUCCCCUCGUUCUCUACGAACUUGACUCUCCUUUGGCACCACCGCCUUGGUCACCCCUCCCUGCCUCGUCUCCGAGGCAUGGCCUCCCGUGUCCUUGUCUCUGGUCUCCCCCGGUCUCUCCCUCCCCUACCUCCGGGGCCUGCCCCUACCUGCGUCCCCUGCGUCGAGGGGCGACAGCGCGCCGCCCCUCACUCCUCCGAGUUUCCUCGGACAGAGGCUCCGCUGCAGACUCUUCACAUGGACGUGUGGGGCCCCGCCCGCGUCCGUGGCCAGGGGCACGAGCGUUACUUCCUGUUGGUGGUUGACCACAACUCGCGUUACACCACAGUCUUCCCCUUGCGCAGCAGGGGUGACGUCACUGAGUACGCAGCGCAUCAGCUCAACCUUCAGCCCCGGGUCUCCUUGCCAGAGACCUCCCCCACCUUGCGGUGGACGGGGAAGGUUGGCGAUGCGUCUGCGUUUCGGGUCUGGGGAUCUCAGGCGUUUGUCCGCGACUUGUCUGCGGACAAGCUGUCCCCCCGUGCUGUUCCCUGCGUCUUCCUUGGCUUCCCCCCUGACGCGCCUGGGUGGCAGUUUUACCACCCCACCUCGCGCCGUGUUCUGUCCUCCCAGGACGUCACCUUUGACGAGUCGGUGCCUUACUACCGUCUCUUCCCCUACCGCACUGCGCCCCUCCCCCCGCCGCCGCUCUUCCUUGCGCCAGGUCCUCCCCCGGUAAACCCCCUCCCCCCUCAUUUCUUUACACCUUAG